GCACAGCUGACCCGGAUCUCUGCGAUCAGACUACCCGGCUACCCGCAGGAUGAAGGAGCUGGAGAGAGACCGGGACGGAGGAGGUGGAAAAGCUGCAAGUAAGAAAGAAAACGAUCAGAGCUGGAUUCCCAAGAUCAUAAAGAAGCGAGUGUGCAGCACUUUUGUUGAAGACUCUUUCAGUAAUGGAGCGUUGUGUCAGUGUGGUGGUGUGCGGGAGCUGCAUGACUCUGUGGCAACAGGAGACUUCUUUGGAGCAGCUAUUGUCACACAGUGGGACAGCAGGCAGCACUCUUCAGAGUGUCCCACAGACGCCUUUGGAGAGCUGGAAUUUGCCGGUGCUGGAAGAAGACACAGCCAUUUUCUGCGGCUGUCAUGUGACACAUCGCCUCAGAUCAUCUACACCCUGAUGACGGCUCACUGGGGCCUGCCCUUACCCAACUUGGUGGUGUCUGUGGUGGGGGGCGAAGGCCAUGAGAAGAUCAAAACAUGGGUGAGAGAUGUCCUGAGAAACGGGCUGGUUAGGGCUGCACAGAGCACAGGGGCCUGGAUCCUAACUGGGGGCCUCAGGGAGGGCAUUUCCCGCUGUGUGGGCGAGGCGGUGAGGGACCAUGGGGCCGCGGCUCCAGCUCUCUCCCGGAAGAAAGUGAUUGCUGUGGGACUGGCACCAUGGGGCCUGGUGCACAACAGGCAGCAGCUUGUCCAGGCCCAGGGAAGUUUCCCUGCUCGUUACUACGUCCAGAACACAUCACGCGACUCCUGCUGCUUGGACAACAACUGCCAGGCUUUCCUCUUGGUGGAUGAUGGAAGUGUUGGCCGCCGGGGGGGAGAGACAAGCUUUCGUCUUAAUCUAGAGGACUACAUUUCCCAUCAGCGUACUGGCAUUUGGGGUAGUGGCAGUAUUGAAAUCCCUGUUCUAUGCAUGCUCAUCUCAGGAGAUGCCUGUAUGCUGGAGAGAUUAGAUGCCUCCCUGAGGAAAGCUACGCCCUGGCUGGUUCUCGCCGGUUCUGGUCCAGCUGCAGACCUUAUCAGUGAGCUGCUGGGCAAUCUCUCCUCUGCUUCCCUCAGUCCCACCUCUCCUCCAGUAGAGGGCGAGGCUGCUGAGGGUCUUAGCCCGGAGCUCCGUGACAGGGUCCGUGAAAAGAUCCAGAAAUACUUCCCAGCUGAGGCAGAGCUGGACAGACUGGUGGAUAGAGCUCUGAGUAUUUAUCAGAACAGAGAGCUCAUCACCGUUUUCCAUGGGGAACAGGAGGGUUCUGAUGAUUUUGAUACAGUCCUUCUCAACGCUCUCGUUAGAGCCAGUAAACGUGUGUCCAGUGAAGCCAGUGAGUACACUGAAGAACUGAAACUGGCUGUGGCCUGGAACCGAGUGGACAUCGCCAAAACUGAGCUCUUCAAUGGAGACAUACAGUGGAAGUAUGAGGACCUCGAAGACUCCAUGACAGACGCACUGAUAAACGACAAGCCCCAGUUUGUGCGUCUCUUCUGCGAGAAUGGUCUAAAUAUCCUGGACUACCUGACAUACCGCCGCUUGGAAAGCUUGUACCACUCACUGUCCGACAGCUCGCUGGCCUAUGUUCUGCUCCAGAGGCGACUGAGCGAGAGGCAGGGCCUGGCUGGAUCCCUUUACAAUGUGGAUGGAGAUGUGACAGUACCUCUGAAGAGUUCCCAAAGUGCACUAACUGGACCUGCCUCAACAAUGGAGCUCAGCAUGUAUGAGGUAUCCCGCCUGCUGUGGGACCUGUUGGGUGAUGUCUGUCAGCCUUUCUACUAUGGACCUCUGGGCCUGGACCACAGCAUCAGUACCAGGAGGGCUCUUAAGCAAGUCAAUAAGAUGCUGCUGGGGGAGUGUAUGUACCGGGACCAGCGCUGCCUCUCACCCUGGGCCGCCCUCUUCAUCUGGGCUGUCCUGCAGAACCGCAGUGAUAUGGCUGUUUACUUCUGGGAGAUGGCAGGGGAAUCAGUGCUGAGCGCUUUGGGUGGAUGUAAAAUUCUGAGGGAACUUUCUAAGCUCGAGAGUGAGACUGAGAACAAGCUGGCCAUGAAGGAACUGGCACAGAAGUUUGAGAACUUGGCACAUGAUGUAUUCGGUGAGUGUUACCAGAGCAGCGAAAAUCGCUCCUUCACUCUUCUCAUAAGGAAGUCCCCAGUGUGGGGUGGGGCUACAUGCCUGCAGAUGGCCAUUGCAGCUGACGCCCGCCUGUUCUUCAGCCACGAUGGUGUUCAGUCUUUGCUGUCUCAGAUCUGGUGGGGUGACAUGGAGAGGAGCACUGAGGUUUGGAAACUGGUUCUCACGUUUUUCCUGCCCCCCCUCCUCUACACAAACCUGAUGAGCUUCAGGGACCAAGAGGAAGAGGUUAAGUCUUUGGAGGUCAACCACAUCAGAGACAAUGAAAGUCUGGAUGGCAAUGAUGCCACCGUCUUCUCUCUUGCUGACAUUAUACAAAAUGAGGAAGACGCAGAAGAGUUCAGUGCUCUAAAAGAAAACCUGAAAGACUCUUUGCCAUCCAGCUCCAAGAGACCAUUUAUUGUAUCCCGUUGGAGACAGUUCUGGUUUGCCCCUGUCACCUCCUUCCUUGGCAACGUGCUGAUGUACUUCCUCUUCCUCUGCUUGUUUGCCUAUGUUCUAUUGGUGGACUUCAAGCCCCCGCCCCCUCACGGCCCCUCCACUCUGGAGUUUGUGCUUUACUUUUGGGUGUUCACCUUAGUAUGUGAAGAGAUUCGGCAGACCUUCUUUGUGGGAGGGAAUUUUGUGAUCCAGAGAAUGAGGAACUACAUUCAGGAUGUAUGGAACAAGUGUGACCUCACAGCCAUAGCUCUCUUCACUUUGGCUCUAUGCUGCAGAAUGUUUCCCUGGUCAUAUCAGUUUGGCCGAGCAGUGAUGGCCAUAGAUUAUAUGGUGUUCACUCUACGUCUGAUCCAUAUCUUUGCGAUCCACAAACAGCUUGGGCCCAAGAUCAUCAUUGUUGGCAAAAUGAUGAAGGAUGUUUUCUUCUUCCUUUUUUUUCUGGCUGUGUGGCUCACGGCCUAUGGAGUGGCCAAUCAGGCGCUCCUCUACUCGUAUGAUCCCCGCCCUAAUUGGAUUUUACGCCGAGUGUUCUACAGACCGUACCUGCAUAUUUUUGGGCAAAUUCCCAUAAAUGAAAUGGAUGCUGAUAAACUGGGGGACAUGAACUGUACAAACGACACAACACGAAUUGAAGCAGGAGAGGAGCCCUGUAUGAACACCAAUGCCAACUGGCUGGUUGUCAUUCUCCUUGUCAUCUACCUACUGUUUACCAACAUAGUUCUGGUCAACCUACUCAUUGCUAUGUUCAGCUAUACCUUCUCAAAGGUACAGGAACACAGUGACACCUACUGGAAGUUCCAGCGUUACAACCUUAUUGUGGAGUACCACUCGAGGCCCUGUCUGGCACCACCCUUCAUCAUCAUCUCACACCUCCACCUUUUCAUCAAGAGAUACAUCCGCCGCAUCCCCUCAGUCAAGAGCAAACACUUUGUUUUGGAGCUGCGGGGGAGAAAGGCCAGCCGCCUCAACACAUGGGAAGCUAUCCAGAAAGAAAACCUCCUCUCAGCUCAUAAUAAGCAGCAAAGGGACAGUGACAGAGCACGACUCAAAUGUACAUCUGUCAAGGUGGACAGUGUGCUGAAGCAGAUGGCAGAGAUCCGUGACCACGACCAAAGGUUGCGGCUGCUAGAGACAGAACUGGAAUACUGUUGUAGCGCCCUCACCUGGAUGACGGACGCUCUGUCUCAGAGCAACCUGAUAAAGGCUAGCUGCCCCCCUCCACACCUCAGAGAUACGACUCCUCUGUCUCCAAGAUGACUCCAGGAUCUCUUGGACACACACACACACAGUUUACUCAGGGCCUAGUUUGCUAUUUUGCCAAUCAUAUAAUUUGUUUUACUUUGUUGAUUUCAGAUGUGUAUUUUUGUGUAUUUUAAUUAAGACAAAUAUAAAUGUUUUUACAGUGGCUCCAGCAUGCACUGCUGUCUGCUAUAGUGCCUCUUUUGACCCUACCAGUAGGAGAUGUCAAGGUCUGGAAUUUUUAAAUGAUUUUUAUUAUUAUUAUUAUUAUUACACCCAGGGGCUAAACAGAGCUUUAAGAGCAAAGGUGGGGUAAGCCAUUAUAGGUAAUGCAAUUCUAAUACAAUACACUUUGUGCAUAUUCAGUGUCUCUCCUCGUAGUCCGCUAGCUUUCCGAUUCUAAAGUUAGGAAUUGGCUGACUGAAGCUUUGCUGUUAACAGCAUCUCCGCUCUCCUGAAAGGUAAAAGGUCAUUGCCUGGGUCUCGCAACAAAAACAGCGAGAGUUGGACAUAGACAAACAUGUCCGACAACACCAACACGUUUUACAGUGCACCAUCAAAUCUAAAAUUGAAAGUUUGGAAGACAUUUGGUUUCUAUAAGAAGGGACAAAAAAAAAAGAUCUGUCAGAUCAGACAGCUAUUAAGUACAGCGGUAUCACGACAACUCUUAACACUCACCUGGUGAGACGGCAUGGUGACACCUAUGCAGGCCACGAGGAGUCUGUGGAUGCUAAUACAGCUAGCACAAGCAAGAACACGCAAAACACAGAUAUUAAAAAAUGUUCAGCCACAACUGGGCGAGGUCUAAGGUAAUCAUGGCAGAAAGUUGGUUUUUUUUUGUCUGUGUCUAUUGAAAAAGCAAUAAACACAAUGACAUAUAAUUCUGAAAUUA